AAAAAAAAAAAAAAAAAAAACUGAAUUUCAUCGUGUUUUUUUUUUCAAUCCACACAAUCGGGAAUUGCGCCCAAGUCGUAGCGGGAGAAGGAGGUUUGGGGUGGGGGAGAGAGUGGACGGCACGGAACUUUUGGGAUAAUGUCCCUUAACACUUGGACGUACAGUACUGCACACAAGUCACACUGCUGCACACUAGGAAUAAUGGAAGAUUCUCAUUUUAACUCAUCCUAUUUCUGGUCUCCCAUCCCAACUGUGCCAGGACAGCUGGAGAAUGCAGUCUUCCUGAACAAAGUGAAAGAGCAGCAGGAAAAGAACGCAUCCUUCCCUCCGUCCUCGGCCUCCCACUACCAAACGGCCUUGCUCACCAUCCCGACGUCGGGGGGCAAGACAGACGGAAGCGGGCAGGCUGUCAGCUCCGCCCACCUGCACCCACCUCACAGCAACCAGAAUAUUACUGUGCUGCCUGUACCUUCCACUGGCAUCAUGACAGCAGCGGGUCUGGUCAUUACAACUCCCCAGCGAACGUUAGUACCUCCCACAUCCUCACAGUCCUUUGUGUCUGCGCACCCGACCACCACCAUGAUUGUCUCCGCCGUUCAUUCUCCAGACAAAAAAGAGGAUGGGGCGUCCCACGUGGUGGUGAUGCCGACGCCGUCCAAGCGAGGCCGCAAGAAGAAGAGCAUGGUCGGCGCUGGCAACGAAACGCUCAUACUGACUCAGCUGAGUGCUGUCGGACAGGUGACAUCUUUGCAUCAUCACACCAGGGAUCCAUAUGAUAUUUCUAACGAAGAGGAAGAUCCCGGCCUUAAGGACAGCACUAAAACAUACAGGUGCCGGAUGUGCGCGGCGACCUUCUUCAGUAAGUCUGACAUGCAGAUCCACUCCAAGUCGCACACAGAGGCCAAACCUCACAAGUGUCCGCACUGCGCCAAGUCUUUCGCCAACUCCAGCUACCUGGCGCAGCACAUCCGCAUCCACAGUGGGGCCAAGCCUUACACCUGCUCCUACUGCCAGAAAUCAUUCAGGCAGCUCAGUCACUUACAGCAGCACACACGUAACCACACGGAAUCAAAGCCUCACAAGUGCCCACAUUGCACCAAGUCGUUCGCCAACUCCAGCUACCUGGCACAGCACAUCCGCAUACACACGGGCGUGAAACCUUAUACCUGCUCUUACUGCCAGAAGUCAUUCAGGCAGCUCAGUCACCUUCAGCAGCACAACAGGAUUCAUACUGGAGAUCGGCCGUACAAGUGUGCACACCCUGGAUGUGAGAAAUCCUUCACCCAACUCUCCAAUUUACAGUCCCAUCGCCGUCAGCACAACAAAGACAAACCUUACAAGUGCUCCAACUGCAACAAAGGCUACGUAGACGCCGCAAGCCUGGAGGUGCACAUGUCCAAACACACGGUCAGGCAUGCCCGGAUCUACUCGUGCGGUCUCUGUAACCGCACGUACACCUCAGUAAGACCAAUAUGCAUUUGUGAAGAGAAUUCCCAGUGGCCUCACUGGCGCCACACGCCUGCCAGCCACUUUACACCGUAUAGUCAUGUGUCCACUGUCUCCCCUCUACCCCCACCCCAGGAGACCUAUCUCUUGAAACACAUGGAGAAACACGGCCAAGAGCAGUUGAACGCGACCGAUGCUGUAGCGGCGCAGCAGAGCCAAAGCCAGCCUGCCCGGGCUCAAACUGGAGCUCGAAACCAGGCGGAGGGCUCGGAAGGUGGAGGGAGCCGGGCCGGACACAGCCAAAGCGGCUACGCCCAGUCAGAUGCCAUGUCCUGUCCCUUUGACCUGCACCAGUACAAGACUGUGUCCGCUGGCGACAUCCAGUACAAACCCGUGGGCGUGUCGGACAUUUCCUCCCACAAGGACCUCUGUCUAACUGUGUCGUCUUCCAGCAUCCAAGUGGAGCACCUCAACUCGUAGAGAUGAAGGGCUGGAAAAAAAACCCACAUAGGACAUAAAAGCAAUACUAACAUAAAAUGAGAACUUUUGGAACUGUGCCUGGAAAUGUUUUGUUUUUGGCCAAGCUUUUCAUUUUGCUGGAGUGUCCUAACAGAGGGAAAUGUGUGUGAAAGUGCUGCAAUGGAAAAAAAAAAAUUACAGUCCAUCACAGUGAUGGUUUUUUAAGAAAGGAAAUAUUGUGCCUGUCUUGAUUGUUGUUUUAUCAUGUUCUGCUCUUCUGUGCAAAUGCAGCCUGCAGGUCAUAACCAUGUUAUGCUAUGGAGAGAAUGCGUAAUGACAUUUUACAUCAGUGUUAUUACCAUUUACUAUGUGGAACACUUCUCAAAGGGACAUAGAGGUUAUUUCCUUUUCAGGAAAAUAAAAAAAAAAUCUCUAUGUAGAUACAUCUUAUAUUACCAGCUGAUAAAAGUGUGACGUGUGUGUGUAUGUGUAUAUAUAUAUAUAUAUAUAUAUAUAUAUAUAUAUAUAUAUAUAUAAAAUGUACUGUACACCUAAAUGCAGGCUCUCAUGUUGUAUUACCAUCAUUCUGCUUUUUGUGUUCGUCUAGUGUGUCUUGCUAUUAUGUACUUUCAGACUCGUGUAUGUAAUACUCCUUUAUGGACACACUUGCACAGCUGACCUUUCUUUUUUUUUUUUUUUUUUGAUAAUGAACAAUAAAAAAUGUUUGGAAUCUUUAUCCCUGGGGUGUCCAUGCACAUUCAGUUGCAUAAUAUACAAAAAAAAUCUUUUACAUAAGGUCUGAAAUGUACUUUAACUGCUUCCUAAAAUAUUGUAAAUAAAAAAAAAUCUAAAAGUUCAGUCAUUAAUGUGUCUGACUUUUGGGGUACUGAAUAAAAAAAACAUUUGGAGCCUUUUAACAACGGUUUGUAUAUGCAUGUUGGACACAGUUGCAUAUGGUAAAAUUCU